AGUAGAAGGAUAGCCAAGGAGGUAUUAUACUAGGCAUUUCUCAAGUCGAAACACGGGGUCCAAGGAAGCCCAACGCCGGUAAAGUUUUCCAGGUUGAGAACGGGAAACAGCGACAGCCUCUUCCCGUGACCGUCUCUGGACAGUUCAUCCGGUGUCUUCAUUUCAGCUCGACUUCAUCACCAACCCCUCCCACCACCGGCUCAAGUUGCAGGCCAAGGCUUUCCUCGGUAGGUCACCGAUCGACUCCGAUUGCCCAAUCCGCUAUUUCAGCGCAACACCACGACGACAUCCCUCCCGUCAAUCGCUCGGUAUGGUUCGGGUCAAAGUCGCUGCGCCGUCAUCGACGGUUCAGCUGCAGCGGGAACAGGCUCCCCAGCAGCUUGCCUCCGACAGCAAGACGAUUUCUAUCCAGACCAAAACUCAAGUCGAGCAUGGAAAGCCGACGACAUCCGAGGUUCGACAGCGACAAUACCUGACACAACGGCAGAGCCUACAGAUGGUCCAGAUAAUGUUACAUGUGUCGUUUGGGACGUUGUUCUAUCUACGAGAGCUUUUGCCGCUUCCGUGCUUUGACGACCGGGAUUUGAAGGAAGCCCAGCGAGAACAGAAUGUCUCGUAUGAAGAGUUUAUCGGCGGCAAAGCUAAGCCAGGGAGCGAGCCAGUCGUUCCAUUCGGCAAAGGCAAAAGAGGGCAACCGCUCAAGAUCAUAGUUCGAGGCGCGGACCCCAAGGCGGACAAUAUCCUCGAUGUGCUGGAAACCGGGGUUUUUGAUGCUCUCAGCAUGAAUGUACUGGAGGCUCUUCAGCUAACGAUCUUUGCCGACCAAGAAUCGCCCGACAAUGUCUUGGAAACAUACACAUUUUCAUUUCACUAUACGGGAGGCCCUGGCGAUAUGAAUCGCCGCCUGGAAAGCUUGUCCAUAGACAACGUGGGGUGUGUCGCCGACAUGAAGUAUGCACAAACGGCUAGGAUAGGACUAGAGACAAUUAUCCGGCGCUUGAUAACACUGAGCACCUUUCUUCCGACUCUGCCAAAUAAACGAAAUCUGGGUGUCCAUUUGUUCUACACCGAGAAUUGUCCUCCAGAAUAUGAACCGCCCGGUUUUACCACAGCACGAAAUGAAACGAUCAAUUACCCGCGGGACAACAACUGGAAAAAGGAAACGCAGUCUUGCGGGGUAAUGGAUGGUGGCUGGCAUGUUGUUGGACUUAACGUGACUUCUCUCAAAUGGAUAGGGCCAAGUCUAGGUGAUCAAGAAGUCGUACCAAAGAUACCCCAACAGCUCGAAUACGGAGAAGUAGUGAAGAGAUGUGAUGAUAUUGGCUUCCCUGAUGGCAGGACCCCCUCAAAGAGUGGAGAAAAUGACCAAAGAAGCAUUCAAAAUACGGACUCGCCCGUAGAGAGAGAACAAUCUAUGGGGCCUGGUGAAACUAGUAGCAACUUGGAGAAUGCUACACCUUCACAAGAUGCUGCUGACAGACAGAGACUGCAGAUGAUGAUGCAGUCACAGGAAAUGGAACUUUAUUCAGACAGUGAUAUUGUCCCAACACAGCCAAUCAGUCCCGAUAAGGCGCCUGAAAUUGCAAAUGGUGUUGCUCAAAAGCUUGCACCGAUUGUGGCUCUAUCCCCAGAGAAGACAACCAGGAUCCGAGAGUUCCGAUCCUCAAGUAAACCCAGUCUAUCGACCGACACGGAUGACCUGGAGCAGGUUCGUGUGAGAUGUCAGUGUGGCUGGGAAGGUGAAGAAGAAGCCAUGAUACAAUGUGCUUUCUGUUUCAAACAACAACACGCGCGAUGCUACGGUUUCGAGAAUACCGCGGAUAAACGAAUUCCUGAUGUUCAUGCCUGUUAUCAAUGCUUACUAGAACAGGACGAGCCUGGCAUUCUUCGUGAUAUGGGCAGUCUUGUUCUUUUAAGAAGAGCAGUCCGGAUCAUCUUGAAUGAGGGUUUUCCUAAUCAGACAUCAGGAUUCAUGCAAAAGCUCCAUUGCAACGGGCAGACAGUCAUUCAAAUCACGGAUCUUUUGAGAAAGAAGGGGAUUCUGCAGGGAACUCCAGGAUACAAGGCCAAAGGUUUCUUGCAAAAGGGCCUCCCUAAGUUCACGGUUCCUGCCUCCGAUGGUGUGCGUCAAAAAAUAGACAAGGAAAUCCUCGAUCCGAUGUUGAAAAUAAAACACCAUUAUGUGUAUCCGGGAUCAAACGAGCCUAGGACACUCGAACCAGACACCGGAAGGACCGAUGAUGCUGUUGAAGAUGUCGCCCUGCAAAAUGAGGGGACCAAAAUUGAUGAAGCCAAAGAAACGGCCCAAAUGUCAAGCAGCCCUGUGCGGAGUUCUGACGCCAAUACCACGAGUUUACUAGGGGCAAGGCAGACUCGGAAAAGGACGCAAAUGCUCGAAAGCGAGGAAAAGAUGCGCGCGGCAGAGCAAUCAGAACGAGAAAAGAAAUCCAUGCAGCUAAAAGCCACGAGCAAGCUUCGAGGCGCAGAUACUGGCAAAGGGGGCCUCGUGCAGAAGGGCAAUAUGGCUACCCCGAAGGUUACGCCUCAAAAGAGAUCCCCUCGCCAGUCGUUCAACGAAGGAGAGCUGCGCCGUAGCAGCAGAAAAAGGCGCAAGGCUAGUAACUAUGCAAAGCCGAUUGACGUUGGAGCCGAAACAAGUGAUUAUCCGAGCGCAUAAGCGAUGCAAUUGGGGUUAGGGAGUUUAGUUUAUUGUUAACCGAUCAAGAGCUGGAGAUUUGAGCCCUGAAAGUUGCACAAAGGAUGAUUUUCUUUCACAUGGGAAUGGCGUUUUUUCACUGCGCCAAAAGUGAGCGGUCUGUAUUUGACAAUCUCCUUUUUUCUCUCUUUUGUUUUCUUUUUUCUUUGCUUCUUUUCGAGCUCGAAUGUGUCUAGGAGGCCACCAAAGCUCUCUUGUACCUGUAUAAUCAUGACUGCAUGUUACAUUGCAUUUUUACACCCUGG